AUGGCAUUUUCCCAUACCGUCGCCGACGUCUUAUCAACUAAGAGAUGCAUCAUGUACCUCACUGGUCAACACAAUGUCGUGCCAAACCAAGACCUUCUAUCUGAAGUGACGCAUGUAGCCCUCGCUUUUAUGCGCUCCAACGUGUUUAAUACGGACGAGAACCCUUCUGAAUGGCCGCUAUUUACCACCGUUGAAAAGGCCCGGUCUCACUUUCUUCCUGGCACCAAGAUCAUGGUGGCCAUCGGUGGAUGGGGUGACACUGCCGGUUUUGAAGAGGCUGCGGCGACUGCUGAUUCUAGAGAACGAUGGGUCCGGAACGUGGCUGCCAUGGUCCAGGCGAUGGGCGCGGACGGUGUUGACAUUGACUGGGAAUAUCCGGGAGGCAACGGCGAGGACUAUAAGGAAGUCCCAAACUCCGAAAAAGAAUGGCAAAUCGAAGCUUACCCCCUUCUCCUCGAAGCCCUCCGACGGACCCUCGGCCCUUCGAAGCUCAUCUCAGCAGCCGUCCCCGGCCUACGGCGCGACCUCAUCGCCUUCACCGAGUCCACCACGCCCCGCAUCGCCGACCAGCUCGACUUUAUCAACGUCAUGACCUACGACCUCAUGAACCGCCGCGACAACGUGACCAAACACCACACCGGCGUCUCCAAUUCCCUGGCCGCCAUCGACGCCUAUCUCGAGCGGGGCGUCCCCGCAGAGAAGCUCAACCUGGGCUUUGCCUUCUACGUCAAGUGGGUCGAGACCGGCCCUUGCCCGGAUCCGGCGAACCCGGUCGGUUGCCCGACCCUGCUCCUCGAGGAUCCCGAGAUGGGUGCCGACUUGGGCCGGACGGGUGGGUUUAGCUGGCAUGACCCCGUUCCAGAAGGGGAAGCUGCCUCGUUUGCCCGCGCGCUCAAGGGGGGGAGGUACGAUGAGCGCGAGGGGGGACACUACUACUGGGACGAAGAGGAACAUCGCUGGUGGACCUUCGAUACGCUCGAUGCUAUCCUUCGCAAGUUUCCCCUUAUUGUCGACCAGAGGGCCCUUGGAGGCGUUUUUGCGUGGGGGCUGGGGGAGGAUGCUCCCAAAUUUGAACACCUCCAGGCGGUCAGUAAGGGCUUGAGGGGUGAGAGGGAGCGGACGAGGGCAAGGGAGGAGAGGAUGCUCCCGACUAAUGACGAGUUGUGA